AUUGUACAUUUGUAGAAGGGUUUUCCCGAUUUUUUUAGGUCAACUUUGGGGGUGUGAAUUAUACUUCUGGGUGCAUUAUACUCGAGAAAUUACGGAGUUGAUGGCAUGGACAUAAAGGCAUGUUCUUUGCAAGGUGGCCUCCUAUUUAGGGUGUCUCUUUUGCUUUCUUUGCAUACAUUGACAUGCGACAUAGGGCAAAAUUAGAGGUAGUGAAGGCUAAACAAGAGGAAUAUCAAGAUGGCGCCUACCAACGUUCGGCACGUUCUCCCUGGUAUUGUUUAUGUUUGUGUGUUUUUUGGGCAUUUUGGGACUCAAGUACACAAGACAGGACUUGCUAACUAUCAGAGAGUCUUCUCCGGACUUUUUUUCAUCAACUCUUGCCAUCUCGCUGAAUCUUUUUCUAGAGUUGCUCGUUGACGCGCUCUUCAAAGCCUCACACGAGGACGCGAACCGGUACACAAGUUUGCCUGGGAAAGAGGUGACAACGACCAACGCUUUCGACGAUCCAUCUUGUGAAAUUCAGCUCCUGAUUAAGACCUGCCAAGACUUUGGACGUUCUGCGGCUUUGUGCUUCACGGAGACUUGGCUUUGUGGACGAGUGCCCGAUGUCGUCAUCACGCUCCCCGGCUUUCUCCUCCAUCAUGCGGACCGUGUCACUGAGCUAACAUGAAAAUUGAAAGGUACACCAGGUUGGACAUGAAAGAAGGAGAAAAGGAUCUCAACAGGUUGGCCAGACAGAGGGAUAGAGAUGGGAAAGAUGUGCAGCAGCUAAAUUUACAAGAUCGCUGUACGUGUGAGCUGACCAACAAAGAGAAGCCAUUCCCUCAGGAGACACUGAAGUCAGUGAACGACAAGGCAUUAAAUUGCUCUCAAAAUGUCACCCCUCAGAAGGCACUGGAACUUGAAAGUCUGAUGCUCGGUUUGAAGCUCCGUUUGCCCCAACUUCUAAAAGAUGUUUCAAUACUGGAGAAGGAGGAUGAUGGGGAGCUAUAUGGAGCUAUCAGCCUCCAGGUGAUUGAGAAUGAGCUCACUGAGAUCAAACGUAUGGUUAACAGUCUGAACAGAACCACCAAAGGACACCAAUACAUUGCCACUGGCUCUGAAAGAGAGCUGGUGGAACUGAGAGCAGAGCUGCAAGAGAUGGAGCAGUAUGAUACCUUUCAGGUAGAAAGGCAACGUAAAGACAACCAGCGCCUGAAGAGAGCACUGGACGAGUGCAGGAUUGAACGUGAACACAAAACACAGCCCACAGAUCAUCCAGAAAGUUUCUGUCCCCAUGGUCGCUUUGUCAACAUUACCGGGCCUGGGUUCUACUCGACAGGAAAUGCUCCUGCCACCUACAAGUAUGGAGGCUGGGGCCGUGACCCCAAACCAGGUUUAGGGAAAGAGAAGUGGUAUUGGAGAGUGAUGCUGACCAACAGCAAUAGAUAUGGCCACUAUAUCAGUUUCUACACCAGCCUGAGUUCUCUGACUGUAGGAAUAAACACACCAGGUAAUGCCCAGAUUCAUCCAGCCAAUCCAACGACCAACACCAUUCAGGGACCAAAUGUUGUUCUGUAUGGCGAGGCCUUAUACUACAACUGUUAUAACAGUGAUCAACUUUGUCGUUUCAACAUAACAUCCAAAACCAUUUCCAACCUACAGUUACCCAAAGGCACCAGGUUCAAUUCUAAGGCAAACUUUUGCCAUAUAGAUGAAUGCUACCCGUACACCGACUUUGACAUGGCAACAGAUGAGUCAGGUGUGUGGCUCAUUUACAGCACCACACAAAACUACGGUAAUCUGGUUUUGUCCAAGGUGGAAGAAGGAGAUCCACCUAUGCUCAGCCAAACUUGGCACACCUCAAUCUAUAAACAGGGGGUUACCAACACUUUCAUGGCCUGUGGCAUCCUCUAUGCUACACGCUAUAUAAGUCAGGAUAUGGAAGAGAUCUUCUACUCAUUUGAUACCUCAACCGGAGUGGAGAGGUUCAACCUUGGUAUUUUCAUGAACAAGAUGUGCCCUAAUAUUUUAUUCCUGAAUUACAGCCCAGUUGACCAGAUGUUGCAUGUCUACUGUGAUGCUAAUAUGGUCUCCUACAAGGCAUUGUUUGAAUAAAUAAAUACUGCGAACAUUAGCCAUAGAAUCUGAUUAUACAGUUACUUCCAUGUGCAUAAGAAUGUGUCAAUAAAAGAUCUUGAAAGGUGAUCAAACACAACAAAAACUUCCACAUAUAUCGUACAAAAAGUAAGGAAGUUUAUGUUUGGUACAUGAUUUUGUUGUUGUUGUUGUGACUAUACUAUUUGGUAAUAAAUCUUAUAUAACUGGAAAACCUGUUACAAUU